AAAAAAAAAAGGAGGGGGGAGAAUGAAGCCAGUUAUUCACAUAAUUAUCUACAAGUAGUAUUUCUCCUAUUCAAAACGUUUGCUUUGAGUUUUGAUAAGAAUGAGAGCAUAAUUUAUUCAUUUAUAUACCACGUAAGGGCCCCACCCAACCCUUGGGAUCAUUGAUUAAUGAAAACCUCUUUGCACUAUCAAAUCUAAAAUUCCUCUCUCUGGGUCUCUGUAUUUCUGUUAGUGGGUAAAUUUCUAGAUCUCUCAAUUCUUCAAUAAAGGAUCCAGCUGUUGAAAAUGGCGGAUAACAAUGCUCCACCCGAGAACCAUGAUUCCUCUGUUGAUGCUAAUGUACCUUCUGAGAAUGAAAACGAAGCAUCAAUUGAUGCUUUAGCACGGAAGGUCCAAGAGUCUCUCUCCCAUGCGAAAAAGCACAAGUUUUGGGAAACCCAGCCUGUUGGCCAGUUCAAGGAUCUUGGUGACUCAAGUCUACCUGAAGGCCCGAUUGAGCAACCGACACCCCUGUCUGAAGUGAAGCAAGAGCCCUUUAAUCUUCCCACUCCUUAUGAGUGGAUUACUUGCAAUAUGGACUCAGACGAAAUGUGUAACGAGGUGUAUGCUCUCUUGACCAAUAAUUAUGUUGAGGAUGAUGAGAGCAUGUUCAGAUUCAAUUAUUCGAAGGAGUUUCUUCUUUGGGCACUUCGCCCUCCAGGUUAUUAUAGGAGUUGGCACAUUGGAGUGAGGGUCAAGAGUUCGAAAAAAUUGGUCGCUUUCAUUACUGGUGUCCCUGCAAAAAUCAGGGUUCGUGACACCGUUAUUGUCAUGGCAGAGGUAAAUUUUCUGUGCGUUCAUAAGAAACUCAGGUCGAAAAGACUUGCUCCGGUCAUGAUCAAAGAGGUCACCCGGAGGGUCCAUUUGGAGAAUAUCUGGCAAGCAGCUUAUACUGCUGGGGUCGUUCUUCCAACGCCUAUAACUACUUGUCAAUACUGGCAUAGAUCAUUAAAUCCUAAGAAGCUUAUCGAUGUUGGAUUUUCUAGGCUUGGUGCAAGAAUGACAAUGAGCCGGACGAUAAAGUUGUAUAAGUUACCAGAACAAACCGUAACUCCUGGGUUUCGAAAGAUGGAACCCCACGACGUCCCUGCAGUUACUCGUCUGCUUAGAAAUUACUUGAAGUUGUUUGUUGUUGCACCGGAUUUUGAUGAGGAUGAUGUAGAGCACUGGAUGCUUCCAAAGGAGAAUGUUGUGGAUAGUUAUUUGGUAGAAAGCCCAGAUACUCAUGAAAUCACAGACUUCUGUAGUUUUUACACUCUACCGUCUUCUAUACUUGGUAACCAAAACCAUUCUACUUUAAAGGCUGCUUAUUCUUACUACAAUGUGUCGACGAAGACUCCAUGGCUUCAGUUGAUGAAUGAUGCUCUUAUUGUGGCGAAGAAGAAUGGUUUUGAUGUUUUCAAUGCUUUGGAUGUUAUGCAUAAUGAGACUUUCUUGAAGGAGCUUAAGUUUGGUCCGGGAGACGGAAAACUCCACUACUAUCUCUACAACUAUCGUCUAAAGAAUGUUUUGAGACCAUCAGAACUCGGGCUUGUGCUCUUAUAAAUUGUCAGGGCAAAGAAUUUUCUAACUUGAACUAAUUUUUCUCAUUCCAUGGUUGAUUUCCUCCGUUGUACUUUGUUUUCUUCCAUGGUUCGAGUUAAACUUAGUGUACAACGAACGAUAAAUUUUGUCACUGAACAUUUGGCCCAAGUUCCAUGGGCGAAUUAUUUGUUUUAUGCCAAGACUUGAACCUUCAAAAACAUGAGUUUUACACGGA